AUGAUCAAAAUCGCCACGGUGCGCGAGUCCAACGCGCAGGGCAAGCGGCUGUCAGGCCUUGUGGCGGUGUUUGUCGGCGGCACGAAUGGGAUUGGCGAGAGCACGGCCAAGGAGUUUUUCUUGCGCUCGACGGCGCCGAGAGCUUAUAUUGUUGGGAGGAACGCGACUCGUGGCGAAGCAUUGGUAGCCAAACUGCACGCCAUCAACCCGCAGGGCGCCGCCUACUUCCUGCAAUGCGAUAUCUCCCUGCUGCGUAACGUCGACGAGCUGUGCGCGGACCUGCUCCGCCGCGAGGCGAAGAUCCACUGCCUCUUCCUCACCGCGGGCUACAUGACGCUGCGCGGCCGCACGGAGACGGACGAGGGCAUCGACCGCAAGAUGUGCGUGAAUUACUACGCGCGCGUGCGCUGCAUGCUCAACCUCAUGCCUGCGCUGGAAGCCGCGGCGGAAGCGGGCGAGUUGUCGCGCGCCAUUACCGUGCUCGCAGCGGGGUCAGAAGGCGAAGUGCGCCUCGACGAUUUAGAUCUGCAGCGCGACUUCACCCUGCACGCCUGCCUGGCGCACUGCGUCGUCAUGACGGACUUUAUGGUCGAGGAGCUCUCGCGCCGCCACCGCGGCACCUCCUUCUCCCACUCCUACCCGGGGACCGUGAAGACGGGCAUCGCAAACGAACUCUCCGGCCCCGUGCGCCUCGCCGUCAAAGUCCUCUACGCCGUGCUCACGCCCUGGAUCCUCAACGUGCAGGAGUCGGGCGAGCGGCACUACUUCCAAAUGACGUCGCAAUGCUACCCCGCCGCCAGAGCGCAGAAGCCCCAAGAAGGCGACGACAAUGACGAUGAAGAUAAAAGGGGCGCAGGCAUCCCCCCUCCCCCGGGUCUAGGCGUGUUCAAAGCCAUGGACGGCACGCCCGGCGGAGGUGCAUACCUGCUCGACUGGGACGGCAAAACGUGCGGCGACGAGAAGGUGCUGGGCAAGUACCGCGACCUGGACAUGGGGAAUCUAGUGUGGGCGCAUACGAUGGAGGUGUUUGCGCGGGCGGAGAAGGCGAAUGCGAGGCUUGCGAAGAGGCGGGCGAGUGCGGAGGCGGAGGGCAGUGGGAUGAGGGGGAUUCCGGAUCCUGUUGGCUGGCGGCCGGCUUCUUGA